AUGAGUUAUAAUUAUUUAUUUAAAAUUGUUGUUGUUGGUGAUCAUAAUGUAGGAAAAUCGUGUAUUCUUUUACGAUUUGCUGAAAAUGCCUUUAGAGCAGACCAUAUCAGUACAUUAGGCGUUGAUUUUAAAUUAAAAACAAUAAAAUUGGGACGUGACAAAAUUCGGUUAGAACUUUGGGACACUGCAGGAAUGGAAAGAUAUCGGACUAUAUACAAUUCUUAUUAUCAUUCAGCACAUGGAGUUGUUUGUGUUUUUGAUAUUACCAGUGAAAAAUCAUUUGAAAAUCUCGAGAAUUACUGGCUUACUCAAGUUAAAGAACACGCACCUCAAAACGCCGUAUUACUUUUGGUUGGGAAUAAAGCGGAUAUGGAACCGGAACGAAAAAUUGAGUUUGAUAAAGCUGAAAGGUUAGCAAAAAGAUUGGGCGUUUCACUUUUUGAGGUUAGUGCAAAAACGGGAAUUAAUUGUGAAGAUGCCUUUGUGGAGUUAGCUACGGUUAUGCGAGACCGACUUUUGGCUUCAGGUCUUUUUACUUACUAUAAUGCAUUGAUCCCUAAAAGGCUUCAUGAGAAUUCGGAUUGGGAUGUAUUUGACCUACUUUUUAUUAAGGGAGUUAAACUUCUUAUGGAGUCAAAUUCUGACUCUGACGACUCUGACCGUUUAUCAACUGCCUUUCACAUCGAUGGUGCCAUAUCACAUGAAAAAAUGAGUAGUCGUUUAAUUGGUGUUGUCCCUAACUGUUGUUCAGGUGAAAGUACUCCAAGAGCUACUUUUGUUUAA